AUGGUCCUGCCGUUGCUGCUGAAGCUCCUCAACGUCUUCCUACGCCAGUCGACCUUGACCAAAGCCGCUGUCGCCGUUCACUGCCGCCGCACUUCCUGCUGCCCGGCUGCUCUGAUGCCGCGCCCACCCGGCCCGCCGCGCUCUUGCCGCCGCGGGUGGGAGGCGAGAGAGCAACCACAACGUCUGCCCGCGGAAGAGAGAGAGUAUCCCCAGGUGCUGUCUCUGGGUGCAGAUGUGUUGCCAGAGUACAAGCUCCAGGCGCCUCGCAUCCACAAGUGGACGGUGUUGCACUACAGCCCCUUCAAGGCGGUGUGGGACUGGCUCAUCCUGCUGCUGGUCAUCUACACCGCCAUCCUGACGCCCUACUCAGCCGCAUUCCUCCUCAACGACCAGGAGGAGGCAGCCAUGCAGAGCUGUGGUUACUCCUGCUCUCCUCUCAAUGUGGUCGACCUCAUAGUGGACAUCAUGUUCAUUAUUGACAUCCUCAUCAACUUCAGGACAACAUACGUGAACACUAAUGAUGAGGUGGUGAGCCAUCCGGUGCGAAUCGCUGUCCACUACUUCAAAGGCUGGUUCCUCAUCGACAUGGUGGCCGCCAUCCCCUUUGACCUGCUCAUUUACCGCAGCGGAGAGGAGGUACGGUGUGAACCCCUACAGACCACCACUCUGAUUGGUCUGCUGAAAACGGCUCGUCUCCUGCGGUUGGUACGAGUAGCCAGGAAGCUGGACCGCUACUCGGAGUACGGUGCAGCCGUCCUCUUUCUCCUCAUGUGCACCUUUGCCCUCAUCGCUCAUUGGCUGGCCUGCAUAUGGUAUGCCAUUGGUAGUGUAGAGAGAAAUGGUUCCAUUGGUUGGCUCCACACUCUGGGGGACCAAUUGGGGAAACACUUCAACGACUCUGUACCAGGUUCAGGACCCUCCAUCAAAGACAAGUAUGUCACUGCUCUGUACUUCACCUUCAGCAGUCUGACCAGCGUGGGCUUUGGAAAUGUGUCGCCAAACACCAACUCUGAGAAGAUCUUCUCCAUCUGCGUCAUGCUCAUAGGAUCCCUGAUGUACGCCAGUAUCUUUGGGAACGUGUCAGCCAUCAUCCAGCGGCUGUACUCUGGAACGGCCCGCUACCACACCCAGAUGCUGAGAGUCAGAGAGUUCAUCCGCUUCCACCAGAUCCCCAACCCGCUCAGGCAGAGGCUGGAGGAGUACUUCCAGCACGCCUGGUCCUACACCAACGGCAUCGACAUGAACGCUGUGCUGAAGGGUUUCCCGGAGUGUCUCCAGGCAGAUAUCUGCCUCCACCUGAACCGGACCCUGCUGCAGAACUGCAAGGCUUUUAAAGGCUCCACUAAGGGAUGCCUCAGGGCGUUGGCCAUGAAGUUCAAGACCACCCACGCACCCCCGGGUGACACGCUGGUCCACGCCGGAGACGUCCUCACUGCUCUCUACUUCAUAUCGAGGGGAUCCAUAGAGAUACUGAGAGGAGACGUGGUGGUGGCUAUCUUAGGGAAGAAUGACAUUUUCGGCGAGCCCAUCAACCUGUAUUCCCGGCCGGGUAAAUCUAACGCUGAUGUAAGGGCUCUGACCUACUGCGACCUCCAUAAAAUCUUCCGAGAAGAUGUUCUGGAGGUGCUCGACAUGUAUCCUGAGUUUGGAGACAAUUUCUGGAGUAACCUGGAAAUCACCUUCAACCUCCGAGAUACCAACAUGAUCCCGGGCUCUCCAAGCAGUGAUGACUCAAACUGUGGGGGAUUCAACAAAUUACGCAGACGCAAGUUAUCAUUCCGACGACGUACAGAAAAGGAUGAUGCAGAUGCAGGAGAAGUGAAAAAGUCCCACAAGUCUGUGAGACGAAGACAGAGAGAGGCAGGCAACAACCAAAAACAGGAGGAGGCACCGAAGUGUCGGUGGGAGCCUCAUCGAAGCUCAGUGUCUUCACACUCCAGUGGUGAUGAGAAUUCUCACGCUCACGCCCCGCCCAUGAACUUUAACGAGAACACAGAGGGUGAUGGGGACCCAAAGACUGGGAACACCUGCAAUGCCCUGUCAGGUGCAUUCUCAGGUGUGUCCAACAUCUUUAGUUUCUGGGGGGAGAGUCGGGGGGCGGGUCAGUACCAGGAGGUUCCCAGCUGCAGCCUGGCGUCACCCCCGACCCUCAACACGCCGCUGCACAGUCUGAGCCGACAGCAACGCAACCAGCUGGACACGCGCCUGGACCUGCUGCAGAAACAGCUCAACAGGCUGGAGAGUCGCAUGUCAACCGACAUUGGAGCCAUCAUGCAGCUGCUGCAGAGACAGAUGGCCCUGGUUCCUCCUGCCUACAGCGCCGUCUCGUCACCACCUCAGGCCUCACCUUACCCUGGUCCUGGCCCAGCACCUGGAACCGGAGAGAGACUGGUGCAGCCUGUUUCACCUGUGGAGACAGACACGCUGGCCUCUCUAUCACAGAUUAUGGAUUCCCAGGACUUUGAAGAGUUCCCGGCCAAGCCUCUGGACUCCCUGCAGCCCCAAGACUCUUCUCUGAUCAACAGCAGCCAGGGCCAGCUCGCCUCCUCUGGACUGGACAGCCUGGGGCAGAAUCUGGAGCUGGAGCUGGGACUUGGGACCGGGGUGAUUCCAGGACCAGCAGGUUCAGGUUUAGCGUUAGAUCUAGGAAGCGGUGCGGCAGUGGGGUCGAGCUUAGGAGCAGGGUUAGACUUUGGUUCAGGGGUGUGUGAGGGGGCUGGGGUCGGGCCAGCUGCUGCUGCAACAGGUGUAUCUGCUCUGGAUCCAGAAACCCAAAGGAGGCUGUCUCUGCAAGAACCACAGACACCUUUGGACUCACGGACACCUCAGAGACACAGCUCUGACCCAGGGGGGAGCUAAGGAAGAGGGAAAGGGGGAGGAGAGUGGGAUGGAGGGAGGGAAACAGAGAGAGGACGGAGUCAUGUUUUAUUCUGCAGCCUUCCCUGUUUCCUCUGUUCCUCAUCAAGAGAUCCAGAAGCACCUACUGUACCUACGACCCUUUAUGGACCCCUGCUGCUCUAACCUCUCUGCUAAAGCUUCUUCUUCUCUGACUUCUGAACAAAGGACAUGAAGCCUGGGUGAGGGAUCAAGGCAAAGAAUGGGCUCUCUCUCUCUCUCUCUCUCUCUCUCUGUCUCUCUCUUUCACAAGCCCUCCCCCUCCUCAUGAAACAAACUGGAGCUUUCUGAACUCCACAAUGGUACAACCUUUAACCAAAACCACAAACAGAGCAGAGAGAAGCUCUGCUUCUUAAUGAUCACACUCCAGGUCCACCCACACGGAUCUGGUCGUGCGCUGAGGAUGACAGAUCUUCACACACACACAUCAAUGACUGCUGAGCUGUAGAAGAAUCCCUUUACUGCUGUAUCCAGCUUUGGAUGACUGACGUGAACAAGGAAAGACAACAAAGGACAGAAUCAUGACGAAACAAGUAGCCAUUUACGUCUUGCACUGAAAUUCCUAAUGAUAAUGAUUAUUCUAUUCUCUAUGUCCGCAGCGCUUCCGAUAAACUCACUAACUGGUUGGUAAACUGUAGUGUUAGCUGGCCUAACAGGAAACCUGCUGUCCCGUUCUGUUAUUGGUUCCUCCUCCCUGAUGUCCUGCCCUAAGAGGCGGAGCAAACACCCGCCCCCCUUUUCCCUAGAGCACACUGGAUUGGCUGGUUUGCGCCUCAGGGGUGGGUACUGGAGGGUUAAAAGCCAUGAAUCUUCUCGAUGAACAUAUCAGAAACAUUGUACAGAUUUGCUAACGAGUGAAGAACGUAUGGCUUGUUCAGGCAGUGUCACGAACAGGUAAACUGGCAAACUUACAAGUUUACCAAGAGAACAGUGCACCGCGCAGAACUAAUUACAAAUAUUCAAAACAAGCAGGAAAAAUCAGCUUUCUCAAUCCACAAGCUGUGAGACCUUGGAGAGAACCAGAGAUGAUGUGUUUUGAAUGCGAUGAAGUCAGAAAGGCUCUGGACCUCGCCUGCUUUGAUUGCUAAAAAUCACCGCUCGGUAAGAAUAAGACUUGAAAAAAGACGUGAGUGAUUCUAGUUGAGUUGAAUUUGCUACCUCAGAUUUCAUUGGUCCUUACGUUGUUCACCAGAUCAAGCAUCCGCAAUGCUUUUACCUUGUAUAUAUACUGUACCAGUUUGUCAUACGUAAAUAUUCAAGUUUGCCAGUUUACGACGACCAGCCGAAUGCGCCAUUAUUCUAUGUAAGGUACAAUAUGCAAACACUGUCAAGAAGAGUGUGUGCGCUUUGAUAUUAUGAAGUUUGUGAUAAGUCCAGGUCCAAAGCUUUUUUUUUUUUUUUUCUCCGUGUGUUUGUCCUUGUUUUAUUGUGUUUGUUUUUCAUUUUUGCCUUUCAGUCCGCUGAGCAUGGCGUUAGGUUUUGUUUGCUUCCACACGCUGUAGAGCUCCACUGGAUUCUGAUAGUUAAAACAACUGUCUGUUCUUCGCUCCAAACUCAAUUUUAUGUACGUUUUAACCAGACAAAAAAACUGAUUUGAGUGUUUGUGUUUUUACUCUAGACAGCACAAAAAUGUCCUUUACAAUAUAGACAUUUUUAAUACCCAAGAGGUCAUUCAAGUAACGCCACUUGUUUGAAAAUAAAACGUCCCCUUACCAUCGUUUAAACAGAAAGUAACUGUACAAUGGAGUAACAUAGACAUUUCAUAUAGUGGUGAUGGAGAGGAACAUGGUGUAGUCGUGCCACUAUUGAGGCGGUGUAAGGGUGGAGUCGGGGUACCUCAGGGUAGAAAGAUAUGUGUGAAAUAAAAAGAGCAGGUGUAAUGAAGCCCCCCCCUUACAGUGAAACUUUACUGAUAUCCUACUGAUUUAGUUUUAUUGCAUCCGGGACAUUUUCUGCACAAUCUUCCACUUUUAUCGGACUUCAAAUAUGAGAAUCAAGAGGAGAAGAGACAAUUAAAA